AUUAAUACCCACAGUAUUUGAAUGUUAUAUUGUUAUUUUACAUUUUCAGAGUUCAGACGUUUCAGACUUUCAGUACAGUUUCAGCAGUCGUUGUCGGCCGACACGUUAUUGUAUCUACAACUGACGUCUUUUUUUUCUCCGGAAAUAAUGAACGGUUUUUUUUUUUUUAAUUUUUAUGCUAAUAAACUCAUUAUUUUCUUAAAUCACAUAAUAUUAAAAUAGUUUCUUUUUAUCUUAUUUUUUUAAAAUAAUAUAAUAGGUAUUUAUUGUGAUUUUUAUCAUUAAAUUGAAUAUUGUAUUAUUAAUUAUAAUGAUGAUCGUAGUGUUAUUGACAACUACAAUUAUUAGUGCAGUUAUUUCUCCAAUGUACACGGCCAACAUUUUGGCGGUGUUUCCGCAUCACGGAUACAGUCAUCAUGCUGUUUAUUUGCCGUACAUCCAAGAAUUGGCUAACAGAGGACACAAUAUGACUGUAAUUAGUAAUUAUCCAACAGAACAUCCAAAUAUAACAAAUAUCUCGAUCAGAGGAUCUAUACCUAUUAGCAAUAACAAACACAAAAUCGACAGUACCAAAGUCAAACCAACGAGUAGAAUACAACAUGCUGUAAAUAUCAUUUGGGCUUUCUACAUAAAAGGAAAAAUAAACGAAGGCAUGUUUACGUUGGACAAAGUAAAACAACUGUUAAAUAGCGGCCAUUCCGAUAAUAAUUACGAUUUGCUCAUCACGGAACAUUUCAAUAGCGAAUUGUCUUUGGUGUUUGCAUUACAUUUCAACGUACCUUUUAUAGUUAUGAGUAGUUGUAAUCUUUUACCUUGGAAUGGGCAAGUGGUCGGACAACCACUAGAAACGGCCGUUAGACCAUCAACGUUAUCCGAUCUACCUACAAAAAUGAACUUUUACCAUAGGACUAUAAACACGAUUUCUAAUGCUGUAUCACUGUUGGGUUAUUCGUUCUUAUGCCGAACUAGAGAUGAAGAAAUCAUCAAACGACAUUUUAACAUAGAUGUUUCAUUGGAACGAUUAAUUUCAAAUGCCAGUUUGAUCUUGGUCAACACUCAUUUCACGAUGUUUAAACCUAUACCAUUAGUACCAGCUGUAGUGGAAAUCGGUGGUAUUCAUAUACAAUCAAUCACACCUUUACCGACGGUAUGUGUAUCUAUGAUAUAAUUCGUUUUAAUGAAUAAGUAGUGGUUUUAUAUAUAUUUAAUAUUUCUUGAGUACUUUAAGAUUUAUUUGAAUGGGUGGUAAUCAAGUCGAAUUCAAUAUAAAUUCAAAUUUGAGUGACUAUACUUUCUUGAUUUUGUAUACAAAUAUAAGUACCUAUUAUAUUAUAUUACUUACCUUAUUAUAAUAUAAACCUAAUAUAUCAGAAAAAUAGAAUAUUAAAAAAAAUAAAUUUAUAAUUUUGUAUUUUUUCACAGUGAGUAAAAAAACCACAUUUAGUUUUUUUAAUUUUAUCAAGGUGUCGGACAAUAUGUAUUAUAGUUACUCAUUUACUUUUAAAAUUAAAUAUAGGAUAUUCAUCAAUUUAUUGAAGGAGCCGAACACGGAGUAAUUUAUUUCUGUAUGGGGAGUUUAAUACGAGGUGAAACUCUUCCGGAUGAAAAACGUCGGAUGUUCAUAAAUGUCUUUAAGCAAAUCCCACAGCGAAUUCUUUGGAAAUGGGAAGGUCAAUUUCCAGAAAAACCAUCUAACGUAAUGAUACAUAAAUGGAUGCCUCAACGAGAUAUUUUAGGUAGGUAUUGGUAGGGAUGCGACGGAAUUCUCCAUUGUGCAUUUUUUGUCUUUGUCUUAUAUAGACGCUCGACAUACCAAAUUUGCAUUUAGUAGAACCAAUUUUUUGUUUUAAAUUUUAAUUUAAUAGUAAAUUAUAUGUGUUCAUACGUUGUUUUUUUCGAUAUUUUAAUUUUUAAACAAGAUAUAAGUAUUUUUAAAUUGUGCUGAAAAACUAUUUCAUAUAUCUCUUUAAAAUUAAAAUAACGAAAAAACCCAACAUAUAAACACAGAUAAUGUCUUCCCUUUAAGUUUGACUUUAAGUAAACUUACUGAAAUUUUUAAAUUAACAGCAUAAAAUUGGUUUUUCUAAAUGAAAAUUUGCCGUCAUAUAUUUGUUAGACGGAGACAACAAAUGUAUGUGAUAAGUAGAUACUUAUUGAUAAUCGAUUGGAUCUGUGUACAGCUCAUCCUAAUGUUAAGUUAUUUAUCACUCAUGGCGGCUUAUUGGGUAUUACUGAAGCUGUAUACGAGGGCAUACCAAUUUUAUCAAUUCCAAUUUUUGGCGAUCAAAUGACUAACGUCGAUGCUCUUGUAGAUAAAGGAGUCGCAGAGAUGAUGGAUUUCGAUCAUUUAAACGAAGGCGAAAUAUUCACAAAAGUGAAAUCAAUGCUUACGAAUCCGCUGUAAGUUUAUCGUUAAUGUUUUAUGUCACUUGCGAUAGAUAUAUUAUAUGCUAUGUUUUGCUAAUCGUUUUAAUUAUAUAGUUACAAAAAAAAGGCUAAAGAAUUAUCACAAAUAUUUCUCGAUCGACCGGUGUCUCCUAUGGAGACUGCGAUAUAUUGGACAGAGUAUGUCAUAAGACACAAAGGAGCACCACAUCUUCGAAUUGCUUCCCUGACAUUGUCGUGGUACAAAUAUUAUUUAAUCGAUGUACUGUUUUUUAUUUUCCUAUUUACAUUGACUAUUUUCAUAUCAUUAUACUACUUAAUCCGUAAUGUGGUUUUACUCUUUACCUGUGAUAAAAAAAUAAUUAAAGAAAAACAUAUUUAAGUUUAACCGUCAUUAUUUAUUUAACCAUAUGGCAUAGACAAUGAAAUAAUAGUAAAUAAUUUAAGUAGUAAUAAACAGGUUACAAAUUAUCAAAUAAGAUAAACAUAAUAUUAAAAAAGACAGAUAUAUUUUAUACGAUGGGUGGACCAUUAUUGUUGUAGACGAAAAGUUUGAAGAUAGGAUUUAGAGGGGAAUUUAAUGUAUAUCGUAAGCAAAGAUUAAUCAUUGCUAACGAAAAACGAUUCUAAACGGAGCUCGGUUAAUAAUAUUGCUUUUUCAACAAAUAAAGGGUAUUACAUACCGACGUGGUUUUCCAAAAGAUUUUUUUCAGAACUUGCGAUCUUUGGGAUGACAAUAGGUACAUAUCACCACGAAACUAUGAAAGGUAUACUAUAAAAUUGACAAUAUUGAGUUAUUUAACAUAACACAUAAUUUAAUAUCCGCAUAAUAUCAGAACUUCAAUUCUGACUUCACCAUUGUUCUUAAAUCGGCAAAAUGUUCAAAACAAAAACGCCUUGAUUAGACAUUCAACAAAAAAUAUCUCUUGUCGUUAUUUUAUUGGAGUAAUAUUUCUGGUAGAAAACUUCGUGCGUACAAAUUUUAAAUAAUAAAAUCGUACGCUGCGCGUUGCUGUAAAUUUGUUCGUUUUCAUUUAUUUUCGGUUUUUCUCAAUUUUUAUGAAAACUAUUUGAAAAAUCAAAAAACAACCCGAUUCAGUGUAUCUAGAUUCAAAAUGCAACAAAAAAGGUCUCAAGGCAUUUUUUGAUAAAAGCAAUAUUUCUAGUAGAAAACAUAGUUUGCAAAAAUUAAAACCAAUGAAAUCGAUAAUGCUGUGGCGUGCCGUAAAUAUUUGUUAUUUUAAUAUUUUGUUUUCGAUUUUUUCCAAUUAUUUUGAAAACCCCUUGGAAAUUAAAAAAAUAUCUGUCUAGUGUACCAAUUAGACACAAUUUUCUUUCAGACAAUAUAUUGUACUAUAUUUUAUUAUAUGCCCCAAUUAUGCAUAAGACCCGCUCUAUCGUGACCUGUCCAUAUUCGGUUUAAGUUAGUUAAAAUCCUCCGGGGAUGGCUGUAUCCGAGUUGUUUCCUUAAGGAGUUCUUGAUGAGGGAAAAUUUGCAGAGUCCAAUUCUUUCCAUUUCUCUAUCUAGCACUUUUCUGAAAGUAGUUAGUGAUAUUGAGUUCGACAGUGGUUUCCCACGGAGGUUUGUGUGACUUAGGUCUACGAGUACGUAGAUCAUCUCAAAUUUAGAAUAAUUUCGGAUUGGCAAGUUGGUGUUAUUGCUGAGUUUUGACCACAUUUUAAGUAAUACUAUUUUUCAGCGAUGCUGCGACAGGGUGAUGUUAAUAAUAACGGGUAACUAUUCGAAGGGGGUAGACUUUAUGGUAUCUGAUAUAACGCGUGUACUUUGAUUAAGCCAGGUAUCCACCUUUUAUACAUUAGCGUUAAUUAGUCAGACCGAGUCACAGUAUUUAGUCGUAGAAUAGACUAAUUAAUAUAUGAGAUUUUGAGAGUUAAAAAGUCAACGCUUCAAUCUAUAUCUGUGAGUUUUUGGAUUAUGUUGAUGCGGGAGCCAAUCUUAGACGCAACUUUAGUUAUGGGUAAUUUUAAAAAUAUAUUAGGGCCCUAUCUAGAGUGACGUCCAGAUAUGUUGGGUUAGAUACACGCUUUAGCCUGAGUCCUAGAAAGGUGAUUUUCAGGUUAUAAUCUGCCUUCUUGUUAUUUAGAUGGAAAGUUGUUACUUCUAUUUAACUGAGAUUUGUGUUGAGCUUCCACUGUUUUAAGUACUUGUCUAAAAUUUGGAGAUUGAAGUUAAGUGUGUUCUCACAGUUAUCAAAGAGUUAGUCCUGGUUUACGAUACAAAUACCGUCCUUAAAUACAAAUCACUCGGAGGUGAUUAAAACUUAACUCUAUAAAGACAGAGGUAAAUGCAUUCCACCAAAGUAAUAAGCAAGUAUUAUGAAGAAUUAGAGGUGGUUUUCAAUAGUGUGCAAGUACAAUACAGUUUCAAGUCUAAUUACAUGAGAAUUACUCUUGACAGUUCACUUAUCCUUAAAGAACACAUUGAAAAAAUAAUUAAGAAAUUAUUUUGACGCAUUAACAUGACACAGAAAAGAUGUCUUUGUUAUAUAAUAUGUUGAAAAUUACGCUAAUCCUUAGGUUAAAAUCAAGGAAAACCUCAUGAAACACAGCUAAGAAACUGGUACUAUCGAACUUUGAGGGCACACAAAAUGAACAUUAAUUACCAAACUGAGAUAUAUUUAAUUAAUAAAACUUACUUAUUAAAUUAUAUCUAUGUGUUUAGAUUUUACAUCAUCCGACCUAUAUUGGCUCUAAAAAGCUAGUCCGCAGAGAGUGAGGACUGUACCCAACCACCCUUUCUGGUAUCCACCAUACUCAUCUGCGUUGUUUAGAAUCGCGGUCUGGUCAAUAUACCAGCGAGACUCAUAAGCCUGAUCGAAGCCAGACGCAUGGUCGCUUGCCCUGGCAAGUCCGCCCGUUCGGUGUCGAGUAAAGUCGGUACCACGGCUUGGCAACCACCAGACCUACUCAAUUCUUAUCGUAUAUACCAGCUGAUUCAUUUAAGUCGAUUAACUUUUUUCGGAAUUCGUUUUCUAGAAUAUUUAUGAAACAAGCUACUCUAAAAUUUUAUACUUGUGUUUUUUUUUGUCACUUUCAUUUUGUGGGUAAAAAUUAUAAUAAAUUUUAAUGUUGACAUUUUUUAUUACCAUCGAUCCGUUGACGAGAUAUUCCACUUUGGGUUGGAGGAGAGUAGUCAAGUAUUAUUAGUGUAGAAGUACGGCACGUGGCGUGUUAAAAAUGCAUCACUAUUCUCCUAACCUAAAAUUAAAAGUGGUAUAUUUCGUCAAUGGCUUGAUAGAAAUUAAAAUUUUCAACACUAAAAUUUAAAUAAAUCACCUGGUAUAAAUCUCACGAAUAUGAUAUAUUUCGAGCAGCGUUUGGAGCUAACGAUUCAUUUUUGAUUUUGGCAGUGGGCGAGUCGGUGACAUUCACACUGCUUCCGAUAUGGGUGCACAAGAAGAUCUUCGACUGAUCGAGAGAAGAAGUUUGGCUCGUAAUUUAUCACUGGGGCAAGCUUGGUGGGCAAACUCCCAAUACUCGGAAUCACUGAGAACUGUCAUUUGUUAG